ACUCCGAAGCAACAGGUGCAACAGACUAAUUGUAAUACAGCCCCUGCCAUAUUGCCUUCCAUAAAUAAAUUAGCACGCAAAAUUAUUAAUAACUUCCAAGUUCAUUAUAUUCUAAAUAUAGCGGACAGUUCGUAUAGAUAAAAAUAUAUGUAUAUUCAUUAACGCUGUAAGUGUGAAAAAAGUAUUGGAAACUUUGUGAGGCGGUAGUUUGCUAGCCAAACUUAAAGGUAGAUAGAAAAAUAGAAAACAAAGUGGCAUGAGCCAGCCAUCAGGAUUCCGAAAAUAUGAUGAUAAUGAGUGUAGUGGGCCUAGACCACCAGUACCCGGAGAAGAAAGUCGAGUUAAAAAGAUGACCGAAGGGGUGGCUGACAGUACCCGAAAUUCACCACCUUCUUAUUUGAAUUGGGCUCGAACGCUUAAUCAUCUUCUUGAGGACCGUGAUGGAGUGGACCUUUUCAAAAAAUACGUUGAAGACGAAGCACCUGGUUAUAAUGAUCAUUUAAAUUUUUAUUUUGCCUGUGAAGGUCUAAAGCAGCAAACUGACCCCGAAAAAAUUAAACAAAUUAUAGGAGCGAUAUAUCGGUUUUUACGAAAAAGUCAACUAUCAAUACCUGAAGACUUGCGACGAAUAAUAAAAGCAGGUCUUAAAAAUGAAGUCCCACUCAAUUCUAACAUAUACGAUUCAAUGCAGCAAUAUGUGGAGGUCACCAUACGUGACAACAUUUAUCCUAGCUUCCUUUGUUCAGAAAUGUACAUUUUGUAUAUUCAGCAAAUGUCCGUUUCACAUGAACGAUUUGGGAUUGGGGCCGCUGGUUCCGGCAGCGGAAGUAGUAGUGGUGCCAGUUGUGGUAGUAGUGGAGCAGGAAUUGCUGGAUCGACAGGAGCUUGCGCGUUGCCCACUAGUUCUGGGAAAGUGCCUUGCUCUUCGGUAGCGCCAUUUAUUAACCUGCCUAUGAGCACCUCUAGUGGAAAUAUACAGCUUGGCGGUGCUUGCAGUGCAAGUGGUAGCGUGUACGGUCCUUCAACAUCAGCUAGCUCCAGUGGCUCUAUUAGUGCUACUGAUACUCUUCCACGUAGCUCUACACUACCUACACUGCAUGAAGAUUCGGAAUUAUCUCUUUGUGACGAUUUCGAGAAGCUGCGAGUUGAAGGUGGUCGUAAAUCAGCCGAUAUGCCUAUACGUCUAACCCACGACUUACUACUAGCAACUCAGAAGAGAAGACUGGAAAUACGGCCUCCGGGUGCUCAUGGUUAUGUGUAUCCUGCGGCCGCGAAUACUUCUUAUGUUCCGAAUUCGCGUGUGGAUUCGGAAAGAGCGAGCGUAAGUUCCGGUGGUCGAACUGAUUCCGAUACAAUGUCUCUAUCUAGUUCUAUGGAUGGUCGACCUUAUAUUCAAAGGAGACAUAGUUCAAAUGAAAGCAAAGCGAUACGUCAAAGUGCUUUGGCCAACAAAGAGACUAACACGUUUCAAGUUAUACCCCGAACACAACGCCUCCAUUCGAACGAACAUCGUCCUUUAAAAGAAGCUGACCUGAUUGCAUUACUCAUUCCGAAAUUGGAAGAAGUGAAACGAAAGCAAGAUAUUGAGGAUAGAGCUAGAUUUGAUCGUUUCACAGACGAUUCAAUGCCGACAAAUGAAAGGCUUGCCAGCGAUCGCGCUUUUGCAGACGCGAUCCGUGAAAAGUUUGCGUUAGAGGAGGACAAUGACCAAGAUAUACUCGAUCAGCAUGUAUCAAGAGUAUGGAAGGAUCAAACACCUCACCGUUCGCCUGGUACCAUGUCACCAUGCCCUCCUCUUCCGACGCGACGUCGCACCAUAACCCACGAUUCAGGAAUGCUUAGUGACGGAGCUAUGAGUAUAGGGGGACAUUCUAUGAAACACUCCAAAUCUAUGCCGGAUCACAGUUCCUCCUCCAGGAAGCUAACAAAUAAGUGGCCUUCCGUCAAUACAGAUAGUGGAAUCAGUCUGUUCUCAGCCGAUACUCUUAUGAAGUACAAAGACACCAGUUCGCGAUCUGGUUCAAGUACGGCCUCUAAAUCGGAAGAGGCAAAAAGAAGACUGGAAGAUGAGACUCGAAGGUCUCGUCGCUAUACUCAACAACAUAUACAGCCAUCGCAGCAACCACCAUCAUUCAGCAGCAGUAGCAGUGGCAGCAGCAGUUUACAUCACCAGCCGCAACCACCACCUCUACCCGCAAAACCACUAGAGACUACGACUGUCGUAUUCUCAUUCUGUGACGAAGAAUAUCCUUACAGAACGAAAAUUCCCGGUUCGCAACCCACCCUGAAGCAAUUUAAAGACUACUUGCCGAAAAAGGGCAAUUUUAGGUUCUUUUUCAAAACACAUUGCGAAGAUCCGGAAAGUCCAGUGAUUCAGGAAGAGAUCGUGAAUGACAGUGAUAUUUUGCCGCUAUUUGAAGGCAAAGUGAUGGGUCUAGUGAAGCCAUCCGAUUAGGUUUAGGCUAGUAUCUUAGCGACUCACAAUAAUAAAACAGCGAGAUUAAAAAAUAACUGCAACGAAACAAGAAUAGCAGCAAUUAGUAACUCCUAAGGAAAAGUUAUUGGGGUAGCAAAAGCGUAAAUGAAGGUUGACAAAGCAAAUGUUACAUUAAAAAAUGUAUUUAGUACUUAGAAAUAAUUGAGAAAAUCACACAAAAAUCGAGUUUUGUAAAAACAAUAUUUUUAGAUUUUUAUAAAAACAUAACAGUAGAUAUUUCGAUUUAUGUAUUUUUUAUAAAACGCUAUAAGGAUAUAUAUUUUAUUCUCGCCUUGUUUUAAUUUUGCGUAAUACAUUGUUUAUAGAUUUUCUUUAAGAAAGCUAAAAAAAGUUGAUUGAAAUGUGUUUUUAUGGACUGCCUGCAAUAUAUAUUGUUUACAUAUAAGGCGCUGCCUGUUUUUAGCAGCACUAAAUAUUGUUCUCGAUCACGAAAAUCAAAAGUAUUUUAUAAGAGUUUUUAGUAGAUUUUGCUUUCUUAAAUUUUAUAUAGACUAAAACUAUUUCAUAACGCAAUUUUUUAUAGAAUCUUAAUUUGUUACACUCAUAUUGAUUCAAAAAUAUGAAAGUACACUUGUGUGUGUGAUCAUCACAUAUAAUUGAACUUUGCUUAUAACCACAAACAAGCCUACACAUGCUCAUAUUCACACAUCCAUUUCCAAAAGUUUGACGAUCUAUACACUUUUGGAACGCUAAUUAGCAUAAUAGGUUAUCUUUGUGUGACCAUAAAUAAAUUAUUAAGUGUACAUUAUUUAAAAUAAGAUACAUAUUCAUUCUUCUAUAAAUUGAGUAAUGGAUAGACUUUACAACUGACUUACAAUUAAAAAUCGAAGAAUAACGAUAUUUUUUUAAGUAACGGUAAAAAAAUGUCGAGUGUCAUCGAAAACUUUGUUUGAAAAAAAAUAAUACAAAUAAAUAAAUAAAAAUAAAGAAAUAUAAUUUAUCAUAA